UUAAAAAUAAAAAAAAAAAAAAACAUGAACGCUGAUUUCGAAGAACUUUCGCACGACGAGAACUUGAUUGCCAGAUUGCAACAAUUCGGCGAAGCGGCGUUUAAAAUCCAGGACAUGAUCGAAUUGAUCAACAAUCCCUCGGUCUUCGAGAAGCUAUCAAAUUCCGACAAAAUUAAUUACAAGCUGUUGUUAUCGUACAGUCUCAACAGUCUCUUCUGGAUGUACUUGCGAGCUGAAGGAAAAGACCCGUCGAAGCACAGAAUUAAAUCAGAGAACGAACGCUUGAAGAAAGCAAUGUUAAGAGCGAAACAAAUUAGCGAUAGGAAGUUGCUUAUGCCGCGUGUAAACAAAGAUGCGGCCAAGAGAUUCGUGAGAAGUAGUUUGUGGGAACCAAAUCAAAAGAAGCAAGCGAUAGAGAAGAAGACAGCAGAACAGUCAAAAGAUCUACAUAAACAACCUACAUAAUGAUUUUAUAUACUUGUAUAUAAUAUUUCUUUUGUGUAAUGUGACAUUGGAUUGUUGUAACUUGCUUUCGCGCUAAACGCACUAUUUUUUUUUCAUUGUGUUAUAGACAAUAUACACUUUUAGCACGAAAGUGAGUUUUGACGCCAGUUUAUAGAAUAUUUAUAAUAUAAAGAAAUACAAAUA